AUGCCUCAUUUCAACAAUGAGCGCUUCGAGUUGCAAAAGUACGACAGCGCCCUGGCCACCUACGAAAAGGCCGCCAUGACAACCAAUUCCUCCCUGGCCUUCCUGAACUUUGGCCAGAGCUUGAUCUUCACCCUGUCCAUCACCGGCAUGAUGAUGAUGGCCGCUCGAAGUGUGGCCGAACAGUCCCUCACGGUCGGUGAUCUGGUCAUGAUCAACGGCCUGGUCCUGCAGCUGGCACAGCCGCUGAAUUUCCUCGGGACCGUGUAUCGUGAAACGCGCCAGUCGCUGACCGACAUGGAGGCCAUGUUCGGCUUGCAGAAUGAGCCGAUCAAGGUGAAGGACGCGCCGGACGCGCGGCCACUGGUGCUCGGGUCGCCGGUCGUUGCCUCGACUCCUGGGCUGGCUUCUGCAGCGGCGGCAGCGGCGUCCACGGCCUCGGGCGAGGGCGGGUCCAUCGAGUUCCGUGAUGUCACCUUCGGCUAUGGCCGGGCUGAUGGCCGGCGCAUCUUCGAGGGGCUUUCCUUCAAGGUGAAGGCUGGCGAGCGUGUGGCCAUUGUUGGAGCCUCCGGCUCCGGCAAGACCUAUGCCUCGGAGAACGCCUUCCAGACCCACUUCCAAUCUCGCCGCCACAAGGAGGCCCAGGCCGCCAUGGACAAGAAGAAGGCCGAGGGCACCUACGUUGCCAAGGCCCCGCGCGUGCACAAGUCCGUGGCCGCCAUCACCGAGCAGAAGCAGGACGAUGGCCUGACCCCGGAGGAGCGCGAGCUCGCUGAAAUCGAUCGCAUCAUUGCCAGCGCCCGCAAGAUCGAGCUCGAGGAGUGCCUCUUCUGUCUGCACAAGAGCGAGGACUUCCAGAGCAACCUCAAGCACAUGGCUCUGAAGCAUAGCUUCUUCAUUCCCGACCUCAAGUAUGUGGUGGACCUUGAGGGGCUCUUCACCUACCUGGCGGAGAAGAUCUCCAUCGGCAAUGUCUGCCUCUAUUGUAAUGGCCGUGGCCGGUCCUUCCACUCGCUGGAGGCCGUGCAGAAGCACAUGCUCGACCGCGGGCACUGCAUUGUCUACUUCGCCGAGGACACCGAGCCCGAGCUGACGGACUUCUACGACUACCGUCCGUCGUACCCUGAUUUCGAUGAUCGCCACCAUGCCAAGCUGGAGGCCAAGCGGUCGCGCCUGCUCGAGGCGCGGGCCAUCGCUCGCGAGGAGUACGAGAAGGGCGGUCUCCCGGUGCCGGAGGACCUGCUCGGGGACGAUAUCGAGGUGUUCCUCGACUCGGACGACGACUCCGACCUGGAGGGCGACGAGGAGAACGAGGAGGACCUGCGCGUGGGCAACUACCAUGGCCGCUACCAGGGCCAGGCCACCAAGGAUGGCCUUCAUCUGACCCUGCCGAGCGGGCAUCGUGCCGUUCACCGGUCCAUGAUUCGCUACUACAAGCAGACCCUGCCCGAUCGGCCGGAGACCGAUGCCGAGGACAUGAAUGUCCUCACCCACCGGUACUCUUCGAUGGCCAUCCACAGCCCGUCGGGUGCCUUUGUGCCGAGCCCGCUGCAGCGGGCCCAGAUCCGCCGGCAGAUGCGCGCCAAGCAGGACGAGCGCCUGCGCCUGGGCAUCCGCCGCAACAUGCAGUUCACCGUCCGCUCGCAGGUCAUCAUCUGGUGA